AUGUCUCUACCUCACCCGAGCUUCUUUCCGACAAGUUCCAUAGACCAUGCAGCAGCAGGUCUCGGAGCGGGCGUUGUCGCAGUCUUAUGCAUGCAUCCUCUCGACCUUUUGAAGGUCAAGCUACAGGUCGCCACCACAAACCCACAGGGUGGAAUCGGAACCGCCAUAUGGAACGCUCUGCGCAAAAUUCAUGCAACUGAAGGAUGGAGAGGCUUGUACCGAGGCGUAGGACCAAAUAUUGCAGGGAACGCCUCGAGUUGGGGACUCUAUUUUCUUUUUUACGACAUGCUGAAGAAUCGGUCAUACAGAGACGACCCGGAUCACAGGAUGUCCCCGGGAGCAUACCUGCUCUGCUCCGCUCAAGCGAGCGCGGUCACAGCUAUAAUUACGAACCCUAUAUGGGUCGUAAAAGUGCGCAUGUUUACGACGCGUGCCGAUUCACCAACAUCCUACCUAAGCCUUUCACAUGGUAUUUCCUCGAUAUGGAGGCAAGAGGGCUUCUCUGGUUUGUGGAAAGGGACUAGUUUGGCUUUGGUCGGUGUGAGCAACGGCGCGGUGCAGUUCAUGGCAUACGAAGAGAUGAAACGGUGGGGUUUCGAACAAAAGCGAAAACGGUUCGCAAAGGCCGGAAAGGUGAUGGGACCGGAGGAUGAUAAGCUCUCGAAUAUAUCUUAUACGGUUAUGUCAGGUGCGAGCAAGAUAUGGGCGCUUGCGCUUACUUAUCCAUACCAAGUAAUUCGUUCUCGAAUACAGAACAAUGCCACAAUUCGCUUAUAUCCUAACAUACCGACCACCAUCAAACGCACUUGGCAAGGCGAAGGGAUCCGUGGGUUUUAUCGUGGGAUGGGGACGAACCUCGUGCGCGUUCUUCCUGGAACUUGCGUCACUUUUGUUGUAUACGAGAACCUUGCAUGGUUAUUACGGACUUCUGCAAUGAAAAAAUUGCGAAGGGAAGCAAAGAGACGGGACAUGAAUAUCGAGGAGCAUUAA